CGUCGUCGAAACCAUGUUGCUCGCCUCAACCGCUCGCUCAGUCUCCGUGGCCGCUGGCCUCAGCCGCCGUGCGGCCUCCUCCAUCGCCACCAAGUACUCCAAGGCUGUCUUCGGUGCUGCAUUGGCCAAGUCCCCUGCAACUCUCAACAAGGUCGCUGCUGAACUCGCCAGCGUCUCCAACGCCAUUAAGACCCAACCCGAAGUCAGCUCCUUCAUUACCAACCCCACUCUUUCUCUCCAGGAGCGCCAGAAGGGCCUCAACACCCUCCUUGUCAAGGUCGAGGGCUCUGGCAAGAAGGAACAACUCACCGACGUCACCAAGAACUUGCUGGCUCUCCUCUCUGAGAACGGUCGUUUGGCAGAGACCGAGGGUGUUAUUGAGGGCUUCAACGAGCUCUUGGCUGAGCACAAGGGCGAAUUGACCGUCACCGUCACGUCCGCAGCCCCCCUCCCCAAGGACACCCUCACCCGCUUGGAAUCCACCCUCAAGCAAUCCCAGACUGCUCAGAAGGCCAAGGUCCUCAAAAUCACCAACAAGGUUAACCCCUCGGUUCUCGGUGGUUUGAUUGUCGACUUUGGUGACAAGACUGUUGACUUGAGCGUGUCGUCACGAGUAACAAAAUUGAACAACGUUUUGACGCAAUCGGUUUAAUACCACGGUCGUUCAUAUAUCCGGUCUUUAAUCACUCACGCGAAGUAGUUACCCAUUCGUACCUUCCUGCAAUAGACGUAGGCGAUCAUCUUCAACGCUUGCCAGCCCCA